AAGGGCUACUCUUAAAAGGAAGGUAGGAAGAAACACAGAAAGCAAGCAAAGAAGCUUUUAUUUUUUUUCCACCUUUCCUUGUCGAUUUUGCUCUCUUCAAGCCAAACCCACCUUCGGAAAAAGGACAUCAUAUCCAAAAUCUUGCUACCCUAUUACCACCUACUGCCAUCUUUUUUGAUCUUCAUCGAUUUCCCUUUUUUCCAUUAAGAGGAAAUAAAGCCAAAAAGAGAAGAUUGAAAGAAAGAAAGGUCUGGGUUUUACUCUGUUUUGAUGGGAGUUUGCUGGAGCCAUCGUAUCAAGUCUGUCAGUCCUAGCACGGGGGUUAAUUCAAGGAAUGCCAGCAGAAAUGGGAACAAUUUGAGUAGUUCAAGCAGCAGGGAAUCUUCAGCUUCUAUUCCACAAACCCCUCGGAGUGAAGGUGAGAUUUUGCAGUCUUCAAAUUUAAAGACUUUCACUUUCAGUGAGCUGAAAGCAGCCACCAGAAACUUCAGACCAGACAGUGUCCUAGGAGAAGGUGGAUUUGGUUCUGUCUUCAAAGGAUGGAUUGAUGAACAUUCAUUCAAAGCCACCAAGCCCGGUACUGGCAUAAUAAUUGCUGUUAAAAGGCUCAACCAAGAAGGGUUCCAGGGUCACAAGGAAUGGCUGGCUGAAAUCAACUAUCUCGGACAAUUGCAUCACCCCAAUCUUGUAAAGUUGAUUGGUUACUGCUUAGAGGACGAGCACCGGCUUCUGGCAUACGAGUUCAUGGUACGGGGUAGCAUGGAGAACCAUUUAUUUAGGAGGGGGUCGCACUUUCCACCACUUUCUUGGGGUAUACGGAUGAAGGUUGCACUUGGUGCUGCCAAGGGACUUGCUUUUCUUCACAAUGCCAAAACACAAGUCAUAUAUCGCGACUUCAAAACUUCUAAUAUCUUGCUCGAUUCAAAUUACAACGCCAAACUCUCCGAUUUUGGGUUAGCUAGGGAUGGACCAACUGGUGACAGAAGCCAUGUUUCCACUAGGGUCAUGGGAACCUAUGGAUAUGCUGCUCCAGAGUAUCUAGCCACAGGUCAUUUGACUGCCAAGAGUGACAUAUACAGUUUCGGAGUUGUUCUACUAGAAAUGUUAUCCGGCCGACGAGCUAUAGACAAUAACAGACCAUCUGGAGAACACAAUCUGGUUGAUUGGGCAAAACCUUACCUGACCAACAAACGUAGGAUAUUCCGUGUGCUAGACACCCGUCUCCAAGGCCAGUAUUCAUUGACUCGGGCACAAGAGGCUGCUAACCUUGCACACCAGUGCUUAGCCGUAGAACCCAAGUUGAGGCCAAGCAUGGAUGAGGUGGUAACAGCACUUGAGAAGCUUCAGGAGACGGGAGACAUGCCAAAAAGAAAUCAGAAAGAACGCCGUGGAAAUGCUCACAACCGUUCCAAUGGUAAACCAACCACUUAUCCGAAGCCUUCUGCUUCACCUCUCCAUGUUUAGAUCAAAACCUUUUUGAUGCAGCUGCAAUUUUCUUCCUGAUUUGAAUAUCCAUAUGAAUUGUUUUUGGGAUUUAGGCAGGAAACAAGAGCAUGGUUGUGUACAGUUUUUUCGGGUUAAACUUUUUAAAUCUAGCUCUGAAAUUCAUCAAGCUCAGACCCAAGAGCAUGCACGAAUAUGAUCUGGGUUUUGCUAUAUAUCAUACCAUCAUGAUUGAGAAAAAGUGAAGUAUACAUGUUUAUGUUUUUAUGAAAAUGAUAUUGUGCUUAGCAUUGGUGCCAAUGUAACUAAGUUCAUUUGAAACCGUGUAAGAAUCCUCGUUUUGUUAUAAUCCAUAUGGUAUUUUGAGAUGCA